AUGCGGUCUACCAUGAGCAGUGCAGAGCAUGGAGCUAAUGUAGCUUUGAAGAUUAUGCUGGAUCUCCUAACAUCGAUGCGACCAUGGAGUUUACAGGUAUUCUCUGCGACUUGCUGGCCUGUUGAUGAGGAGAAGACUAACUCUCUUCACUCGGCAGUGAGAGCACGUCCUUUCGUCUCUCGUCAUGCCUCCCAGACAUGGAGUGGUAAGUGUUGUCUUGGUAUGAUCCGCGAGGACUUCACUUGCUGGCACUUCACUGGCAGCCUGCAAGUAAAGGCAUACUUAUGUCAUUCGCUUGAAAUCCCGCCCCUAGCCACCCGCAACGACACGCUUACCGGACUAUUGAAGCAAUUGAGCAGCAGCCAGCCAUUCCUCAUCAAAAAGCAUUCUUUCUUCACUGGCGCUGACAUUAACAUUUAUCAUCCUCUCUAUCCUUCCAUCACACAUUGCACUUCCUGCACCGCCGACUUGACGGAGCGAUUUCUUGCACUGCUCUUUGUAACACCACCUUCCUACCUCGAAUCAUUCAAGAUGGGUUUCUUGGACAGAUUCACCAACCUUUACCACGACGACGGCGAGCUGGAUCUCGUCGACGAGGAGGCAUGGUUCGCAGAGCGAGCACCACAGCUUCCAGCACAUGUCGAUGACGACAAAUAUGACGAUGAACUAGACCAAUAUCUAGUUGAAUCUGAGGAGGAGUUUGACGCCUCGGUCAACGAGGAGGGCGCAGAGGAUGACAAUCUGGGCGACCUCUUGCUUGCGGAACUCGAGCGCGAAGACGACGAGGAUGCCGCGGAGGGUGACUUAGAUGCCCUCUUGCUUGCAGAACUUGAGGGGGAUGUUCAACAGGACUUGUCGCAGCGCUACCUUCUUGCUGGAGAGGCUCGCUCCGUUUCGACGUCAUCCACUCAGCGACCUUCCUCUAAGUCAGGCUCGCUAAAGCGCAAAGCUGAGCAUGAGCUCGACGCAAGUGAGAAAGAUGAUACUGAAGUUCACAAAGGACGGAAGAUUAAAGCAUUGAAGAAAAGCCCGAGGAUGCCUGCUGGAACCCCCAUCACCUCGUCUGCAGAAGCUCCGCCGCAAUUUGAUCUUGAUGGUCUGUUUGCGAAUGGCAACCUGUCGCUCUCUGAACAUGCAUCGAAGCCAGACGCUAUCGACCCCAUACUUCACAAUGGUAGCUACAAUCCCACUUGCUCGAAACCUGCGCCUGAAGCACAGCAGAGUAAAGCGCCGCUCCCAUAUCAAACUCCUGAAGACACUGGUCUUGAUCGUCUCAGCGACGCAGGAAUGGCUCAGGCCGUGCGGUCAAGUUCAUUCGAGCGACAGUACAGCAACGAAGAGAAGAGAGCUUUCCUCAGACGGAAGACUGGUCAGAGCCUAUACAAGCUCAAAAAAGAAGACCUGGAAGCGGAGAUCAGGAAAUGGUAUCACCACUCUUAUGAGCCUUACCUAGCCGCGAACCGACCUUACGAGGAGCGAAAGGCGAAGCGACGUGCCAAGCUGGCUGCGCGAAAAGCUUCGGGUAACUACCAGAGCACGCUCAACGUCGAUGGAAAGACAGUCAUAGUGCUCGACGACGAUGACGAUGAUGACGACAGCGCACCGCCAGCACUCUCUGAAGAGGAGCACGAGCGAGUACGACAAGCCUUGCGUGGAUCUUUUGGCAAGAACGGAAAACAUUCUUCCAGAUUCUCCAACGCUCCAGCAGCAGGUCGCGCAUCACAGGCGUCGCAUCCUAUCGGCAUUUCAAUAACUGACGCUUCGAUUCCUGUGGCUUCAAAGCCAAAACAGAGGCGUAAGAAGAAGGACGUUGUCAAAGUCGAUGCCAUCACAGACGAGGGGGAACGUGCGGAGCUACAGCGCGCACAAAUGGCAAUAAUGGAUCCUAUGCAUAGUCUGGAGGGUCUCGCCGAGCAGAUUCAGUGGAAACAUUCGACCAUAGCUCAGGUAAUGCUUAGAGCAAGGCUUCAUGCGACGAUGGAACAGCAGCGUGAGGAGCGAAGGGUGAAGUAUGAGCACAUUCACUUACAAAACGCGCUAGUCCCGGAAAUAUUGCGUCACGUCCCGAACUCUAGCCUACUUCCACCCUCGACCACAACCCAGACUUGCGACAUAACACAACUUUCGUUCGAACGAAAACACACACCACACUGUCGCCGCGUUCGCAUUACGUUCAGUAAGGUCGCCAACAUCACACUCAACGCACCAACAACGCAUAACUCACCUCUUCUCGCAUACACCGCGCCUCGACUCUCUCAAGCGAUACGGCGAUACAUCUGCUCGCAUAAAACUCCCGCCGUCAAAGCCAAAGCUCAGAACCUCACACUGCGACCCUUAACAUGCUGUGAAGAUCCUGGAAAAUCUGUUACCAUCCGAAAAGCACUAUGCGCAAGUCGUCGCGAAGCAGUUCUUGGACAUUCAUCUGAUGGGCCUGACACCCCCUUCCUCCUUCACGGCCUCCUCAGCCAUUUGCCCCCAGCCGAACUUGAGAGCUUCAGCGCAACAGUCACACUCAUGCUUAUGGGUAAGGCCCCAAGCUCUGAGGACGAGCCUGCCGUCACCACAGAGGAAGAGGCCGUUCCCACAAAGACUCCAGCCUCGACUACACCAUCACUGCGAUCCGAACGAGAGCCCUUCGGAUAUCAAGAUUUGUCCGGCCCUCCUUUGGGCGGUACCUUGCUGUACUGCCUGAUUGAAGAGCCGACUCGGAUUCUGCACCUACGCUCUGUGCACGGCAAGAUCACUGUCAAGGUCGAUGGCUACGCCAGCCUUCAGGGCAGCAAUCGUGAGCGCGAUUCUCGAGCUGUUCUUGUCGCAGAUCAGCUCGGGCAGCUUUCUGUGGGAGAUGUGAUCAAUGAGGAAGCUUCGGAUGACAGCAUUUCUCACUUCCGCGACCUGGUUCCUCCAGCACACGACACCCAAGAAGCAUUUGCAUAUGGGCCGCAGGUCGAUGCAGUACUUCAAACCCUGACUUACGAUAGCUUUCAGCAAAACGAAGACGAGAAUGGGCUGAGAGAGAUCACCUACGAGGAUGUGAAGCUCAAGACAGAUGGCCUUGCCGUGGCGGAUGCUGUACGUCGCCAUGUCAAGAAAUUCAAUAAGUCUUUUGAUGAUAGCUUUUACGAUACGCUACGACCGAUGAUCCGCCACACCCUCGAGGAAGAGAUCACAGCCGACAACAUGAAGAGCACCUUUGAACCUUUUAGUGCCUUCGAGAAUGACGCAGACGAGUCAAAGCGGAUAGAGCUCAAUGGCUUGCUCUGGCAGCAUCAAGCACCCAAACUCGCGAGGCGUUUGCAAGCCAAAUGGCGUGAAGUUGCGGCGCUGGCAGCGGGCCUGCAGGAUGAUCAACCACAAAAGCCAACGGCAGAUACUGAGACCGAGCCAGCGGCCGAUGGGCCAUCAGAAUCAGAUACUGAGUCUUCCGAGCAAACCGCCAACGAUCCCAACAGGACGAAGGAGCUCGCAGAUAUGACUACAGCGAGUGAUUCGGCGUCGCAACCAGCGCGGCCAGAAGUGCCAUUCCAACCGAGCUACGAUCUGCCAGAGCAGUCGGGUCGACCGACCAGCCAUGGUGAUAAGGACACGCCUUCACCUCACAAGAGUGACAAUGACAAUGCCAGCUCUUCCAAAGCUGCAGGAGCGAUGCGUGCCACACACCAGUCACACAAAAACAAGCGUAAGGCACAAGAAGAGCCUUUGGCAGACGGUGAGGUGCACUCGCAGUCGACUCCGCUUCGGCCGACCAAGUUCCACAAGACGGGUCUAAACCACUUCGCCGGUGCGCCGCAUGUUGGGCCUGGUGAUGACCAUUACCAAGCUCCUGUGCCCGUAGCAACACAGUCGAGCGAGCAGGCGUCACCUGUCGUGCAGGCUCGCGGCAUCGCGUCAUCUUCUCGCGCCUCAAGUGCCUCCGAUGGCACUUAUGGGGAAUCUCGUCGUACUGGCAAUGCUUCCACGCUGAGAGCAACAUCAGAGAGUUCGCAUACAAGUGAUGGCACAGCAUCAGAUAAGUCCUAUGGAGACUCCCACGACCUUUACAAGGGCAACGCAAACUGGGAUGCAUACCGUUAUCCUACAGGCACGAAAGUCCCGAUGAACAAAGACGUCCAGGAGCAUUAUCAGGCUGGCACUCUUCAGAACAAGCUGGUCCACGAAAACCCUAUGGGUAUGGUGUACUGGCUGAAGAUUCACGCCCGAAUCCAUCGAGAUGCGAUGAUGUCCAGUCCUGACGAGACCGCUCGAUUGGUAUUGGACUAUCUUCAGCGACUGGAGCGUUUUGAGGAUAACUACUACGGUCCUGGUAUUCCCUUGUCGCUGCCUGCAGGAACAGUAGCACAACAGGUGUCUGCUCCUCCAUCUGGUGGUCAUGUCUCUGGCCAGAGCAAUAUCCCUCAGGGCCACCAGCAAUUUGGCCCAACUUUGCCGAAUGCUCCGAACAUGUCGACGCCGACAUUGCAGGAUAUAGUUCGAUGGGUCAAAGCUCGCACGCCUGUACAAUUCCAGCCACCAAUGCUAAAGAACAAUCUGAAGAACUUCGUGAAAGACGUUCUUGGCGAGCAAUUCCGUCGCGAUAUCACGAAGCCCCAGCUGACGACCAAGAUUUUCAACAAUCAAACGGUCCUCGAUGCGCUACGGCAAGCUGGAUUGCAGGUUCCGAAUGCACACGGACAGCAGAUUCAACAGGUUCAAGCUCUCCCCAAUUCUGGCGGAUCGAGCCUUGCAACCCAGGCUCUCGGCGCUCAAGACUUCAAUGGUCGGAACGCUUGGAACGCUCAAGACUACUACCAGCAGUCUCAGUUGCCUCCACAAUCGAGUCGCGGCGUCGGGCCUGCUCCGUCCAGUAGGGCUACGAAGCCGGUGGCGAGCAAUAGCGGUGGUUCGAUGGUCUCGCGGGCAGGUGUCCAGAAGGUUCAGACACAAGCUCGCACUUCUUCCUUCCAGCGAGAUCCACACGGCCUUUAUCAUGCCUACAUGCACCAGCAGGGCUACGCAAAUGCUGAGGUCAGCGGCAUCGCGCAAAACAUAAACGGUGGCAUCAAUCACGCGGUCGCCCAUGCGCUGCCAUCACAGUUUGAGAACGGCCGAGCCAAGAACGUCCGGCAUGUGCUACAAGCACAGCAAAAGACAUAUUACAAUCAGCCUUCUCGUCCAGAGGCCAUUGAUGGCGACGCUUCUCAAGGCCAGCCUGCUCGGGCGACGCAGCCUGUCGAUCCAGCAGCGCUCUCGCAGUGGAAUAGGACAAAGCAUGGAGACCCGACGAAGGCCGACACAUUCGCUCGGCGUGGCAGAGCUGCUGCUCCCAUGUCCGUAACGAAUGGAGCCCUCAAGUCGACCUCAGCUGGCGUCUCGAAGGACCGUCGGAAGAAGACCGUCGACGCCGAGCGUGUCGCUUCACCGCAGCGCGCAUCACAACUUGCUCGAGCUCGAGCAUCAGUCGCAGACCUCGCCGGCUUCGAUCUGCAACAGCAUGCUCCUCCAAGGGCAUAUGGCGGCGCUGCCUCGUUCGGUGCUCCUGCGGCUCCAGGCCCUAAUUUUCCCAGAGAGCAGCUGAUGCAGAAUCUGCAGCGAGACCAGACACAAUUCGGAUCUGACGACACCAUUGAUCUGGAGCAAGAUGAAGAGCUCUAUGAUCAAAACUUUUCCAAUCCGCAUGUUCUCGAUCCGCAGUUGUUCCAGCCUUUCACCGACAAUACCACAUGGCAUGGUCCGCAUAGAAAACUGAGACGCCGACUACUCUCUUCCAGUCUUCCUUUCCGAGUAUUGAUCAUUCCUGUACAUGCGACUCACGCCCUGCUUGAGCCAAGCACAGAAUGGUGUCACUCGAUUCAUAGACACAAGAGACAACAAAAUCUUCCCAUCAUGAAAAUCUCGCCACUUUUGAUCUGUACGCAGCCUGCCGGCUCUGCCAACUUUCAUUUUGAGAUGGAGGAGAUCCGGAUGCAAGACGAUGAAAGGAGGAGGAGGAGUUGGAAACAAAGGUGUUUUGGGAAAGCUUGA